GCUUGUAUUUAAUAUAUUUUGAUUGGUCAGCUACCAAAACCUCAAUAUGAGUGGCUGUAUUGUUGGGAUAGGGGUGUGUAGCAGGGCCAUUAUUUUACAUUUUUUUCCAUCUCUCUCUCUUUCCUCCCCACUCUAUACAUAAAGAUGUCCUUGACUCUCAAGUCUCUUGUUCAAAACUCUAAGCUCCUUUCAGGUUUUUUGAAGCCUGUCUCUAAGGCUUAUGCUGGUGCUGCCGGCUACAGACAAAUCGGUCUCCGUUACGACGAUUUGAUCACUGAAGAAAGCGAAGUUGUUCAAGAAGCUCUUCGUCGUCUUGAGAUUGCCGAACCCCGUGAAGCUUACGACCGUGCUUACCGUAUUCGUGUCGCUCAACAAUGCUCUUUGAGUCAUCAACUUUUACCAAAGAACCAAUGGGUUACUCCUGCUCAGGAUGUCAGAUAUCUUCAACCUUAUAUUGAUGAAGUUGCUGCUGAACGUGCUGAACGUGAAGCUUUCGAUAACAUCAAGGUUGCCGCUCGCCAUUAGAUUUUCAUGUAUAACAAUCAACAUUGACCUUUUUUUUUAUUAUUAUGAUUCUUUAAUUAAAAAAAAGAAAGAGUAUUAUUUGUUAGGGCAGUGCGGGAAA